AUGGCGGUGAAGCUAGUUUAUAUCGGUGAGUAGUAGCUUUUUUUAUCUUUCUAGCUUUAAUGUAGCCUUAUAGAUCGCUACAUAAAUAAUAAAUAUACUGUGUCUCGUUGAAUUGAUAUCAAAACACUCCUCAGGUGUGUAGUAAACUUGAAAUAGUUGUGGUGUUCUUUAGGAGCAGAGUUUAAAAAAACCCUUUUGAGGUGAAUUAGGGAGCUUUAGAGGAAUUUUAUAGGGGUGGAAAACGAUUUUAGGGGGUUUUGUUGAAACAAGAAAUACCUUAUCAUGACAGAUUUUUCUUUGUGGGAUGAGGUUGGAGGGAUGUAUUAUGCACCUAUCAGUAAACCCCGAGCGGGGGGCGGGGGGGGGGAGGGGGGAAGGGAAGGGCAUAAUACUAAUUGACAGACAAGAAAUUUUUAUUUCACAUACCUUUUAAGUUGAAUGUUUCAAACGAGGGAGGGCAAGCUUACAUUACCCUGCGAGCAGGUAGCCAAAAGAAUCACAUCGCAUUUGCAGAAAAUGCAAACAGAAAAUUGACGGUGCUAUUAAGAAGGUAGAAGUAGGCAAGAGAUUUUUCAACUGAUAUGGAGUUAAGGACUUGAUGGUAGGAACGUUAAACUCUUUUUAAGCCUUCUGAACCACUUUGUCAAAACUUUCGUGGGAGAAAGCCAUCUUCCACUUCUUGUAUAUCAUCCUGGGCUCAGUUUAGUAAAGCAAUCGCUCUGAAAUUGAUGCGCGUGAGUGGUUCAACUGAAUAAAACCAGUUUUAAAACCAGUUAGUCACGUGUGUACCUCCAAGAUUUUGGAGGUUUGUAAAGAGCAUGCUCAGUAGAAAUCACAGGCAGCUUUCCACAGAGGUUUCUCACAGGGCAUAAACAAACCAACUACAUUACAGACAAGACACGCGAAUGACUUCGUAAAUGCUAAAAACCAUGCAAGAGAGAAAACUCCGCUCGCAGGGUAAUCUUGCAUAUACAAACCAACAUAUUUGCAACACGCUUUUUUAACUAUUUACUGUACAUACACAUUCAGGAAGGAUGAUCCUGUGAAACCACACUCAAUACUUGCUGCCGAAAAAACAUCAAGUGCCCCAUCCCCCAAGCAAGUGUUCAGGAUCAAACCUACCACCCAGGGGAUAGAUUUGAUAUCAAAUCCCUGCCUAUUGCCCACGCUCCAGCCUCAAGGGGUUUACAUUGAUAUAGGUGCAUUAAAUAUUUAAGGGAGGGGCUAAUCCCUUAUCUCAGAGUCUGAAUGAGCUGCCUCCUCCAAUUACCUGAAGUAAUCUGUGGCAAUCUGAAGCAUACACUACCUACUGGACAACAAGAAAAUUUUGGGGUAUACCAGUCAAUUUUGCUUAUUCCAUCUCCAUACACUUGCUGAGAACUGUAUCAAAGUUCCCAGCCAACAGCUAUCACUUUUUGUGUUUGGUGAAGCUGGUGCUCUAAGGAGUGCUUUUGCACUAACCUUGGCGGUAAAUGGCAGGGAUUGUGAUCCCAAGUGAGAUCUCUCACCCAGGCCUCUACAAUGCUGAUAAGUACUAAUGAGGACGUUGGAAUCAGCUAGCCUGCAUGUCCAUGGCUACCACUGCCUGCAUUUGUACUGCUGUGUGCAUGUGUAAGGUACUGGCCAUGCUGUGGAGUUGUUAGUGUGUGCUUCAGUGCUGAAAUUGGUACCAAUUAUAUGGGUCAGAGUGGUCCUAUUAGUCACAUGGCUCUGUUUGCUGAAGUUGCUGCUGCAAAGCUGCUUUGAUGCUUGAACCAUAUAUAACAAUACUAGGAUUCCAGCUAACCAGAAUGCAAAUUUUCCAUGAUCUAAUCAAGUUUACCAAGCUUUGUAUUGCCCUCAAAAAGCUUAAACCCAGCCUGAUGUUAAUUUACUUGAAGUAUAGGGAUGUAAGCACUAGACCAUAUAAACAUCAAGUCUCUUUAUUUGUCAUGAAAAUUUUCAGGUUUGGUUAUUUUGGCAUUUAUGAAGACAUUGGCUUUUGGUAAAGGUAAAAUGCACAAUAUUGUAAUCUUUAAGGGGAAAUUCUGAGUGCCUUUGAACGACACUGACAGUAAUAAUGAGAAAGUAUGGAACAGGGUAGUGGGUGGGGGGGGGGGGAUUUAUCUUCUUUUUUUUUUAAUAAUACGGCCCCCCCCCAAAUCUACACCCUUUCCCCACCCCACCCUCCUCCCAACCCCCCAAAAAAAAAAAAAAAAAAAAUUCUCGGGAAGACCCCAUCCCCUGUUUUCGCUGCUGAUGUUGACAUUAAAAGCUGUCCUUGUAAUAAGCUCUUGAAUAAACAAUGUUUUACAACUGAUUACAUUGCUAAAUGAAAGAAACAUGAAACAGAGUCAGUGCAGCCUUCCCUUGCUUUAAAGCGGCAACUUCACUCACUUUGAUACGUAACCAUAGUUAACCAUGGAAGCUCAUUUAAUUCUACGGACAAGCAACUCCGUCUCUACCUCGGCAUGUUCCCCAUUUUGGGAAAAAAACAAUUUGACGAAUAAGAAAAUAAAAAAGGGAAGGACAGACGAGAAGAAGAAGUGGAUUAUCACUCAAGUUACUUUUCCCGAGAUGUUGAUUGGUCUUCACCACUGUACGUCACUGAAUAUAACUGCCCACUGAAAAUGGUGUAGAGAAUGGUCACCGGCCAGACAAACGAAAGGCCUUUCAAGACUGAAGGCUUAUUUCACUUAUUACUCUUCUUUGCCCAAAUAUACAUGCUCUUUUAGUUUAGCCUUCAACUAAUUUAAUGUAAUUUUCCAAAUCGCGAUUUCCUUUAUAUGGUACGCUUGCGCUGCUUGUGGUGAUUUACCAGCCUUUGAGUAAUACGGUACAUUAUAUGUCCCCAUAUAUUCACUACACUGUCCUUCGUGCAGCUUUCCGCUAACCAAAAAGACUACAAGCUCAUUACACCACGUACUUACCCUCUCUUGACCUCUCUUCCGCUAGUCCUGGAUUUCCAUCAGCGCUUCCUCAGGCGUUUGAUGUUUUUAAUAUUACUGUGUGCAAAUAAUUUUUUUUCUCGUUUUACUUAGGCUUUUUUUUGCUAACAUAAAAGGGUAAAUUCUGAACAGCUUUAAAGAGUAUUAAAUUCCGUGUUUGGCUGUGCUCGCGAGUUCUGUCAGUCGCGUGACGGUUUGUGGACAUUUUUAUAUUCGACCUCGAUGAUCUUCAAUGGCGGUGAAGCUAGUUUAUAUCGGUGAGUAGUAGCUUUUUUUAUCUUUCUAGCUUUAAUGUAGCCUUAUAGAUCGCUACAUAAAUAAUAAAUAUACUGUGUCUCGUUGAAUUGAUAUCAAAACACUCCUCAGGUGUGUAGUAAACUUGAAAUAGUUGUGGUGUUCUUUAGGAGCAGAGUUUAAAAAAACCCUUUUGAGGUGAAUUAGGGAGCUUUAGAGGAAUUUUAUAGGGGUGGAAAACGAUUUUAGGGGGUUUUGUUGAAACAAGAAAUACCUUAUCAUGACAGAUUUUUCUUUGUGGGAUGAGGUUGGAGGGAUGUAUUAUGCACCUAUGAGUAAACCCCGAGCGGGGGGCGGGGGGGGGGGGGGGGGAAGGGAAGGGCAUAAUACUAAUUGACAGACAAGAAAUUUUUAUUUCACAUACCUUUUAAGUUGAAUGUUUCAAACGAGGGAGGGCAAGCUUACAUUACCCUGCGAGCAGGUAGCCAAAAGAAUCACAUCGCAUUUGCAGAAAAUGCAAACAGAAAAUUGACGGUGCUAUUAAGAAGGUAGAAGUAGGCAAGAGAUUUUUCAACUGAUAUGGAGUUAAGGACUUGAUGGUAGGAACGUUAAACUCUUUUUAAGCCUUCUGAACCACUUUGUCAAAACUUUCGUGGGAGAAAGCCAUCUUCCACUUCUUGUAUAUCAUCCUGGGCUCAGUUUAGUAAAGCAAUCGCUCUGAAAUUGAUGCGCGUGAGUGGUUCAACUGAAUAAAACCAGUUUUAAAACCAGUUAGUCACGUGUGUACCUCCAAGAUUUUGGAGGUUUGUAAAGAGCAUGCUCAGUAGAAAUCACAGGCAGCUUUCCACAGAGGUUUCUCACAGGGCAUAAACAAACCAACUACGUUACAGACAAGACUCGCGAAUGACUUCGUAAAUGCUAAAAGCCAUGCAAGAGAGAAAACUCCUCUUGCAGGGUAAGCUUACAUGUACAAACCAACAUAUUUGCAACACGCUUUUUUAACUAUUUACAGUACAUACACAUUCAGGAAGGAUGAUCCUGUGAAACCACACUCAAUACUUGCUGCCGAAAAAACAUCAAGUGCCCCAUCCCCCAAGCAAGUGUUCAGGAUCAAACCUACCACCCAGGGGAUAGAUUUGAUAUCAAAUCCCUGCCUAUUGCCCACACUCCAGCCUCAAGGGGUUUACAUUGAUAUAGGUGCAUUAAAUAUUUAAGGGAGGGGCUAAUCCCUUAUCUUGGAGUCUGAAUGAGCUGCCUCCUCCAAUUACCUGAAGUUAUCUGUGGCAAUCUGAAGCAUACACUACCAACUGGACAACAAGAAAAUUUUGGGGUAUACCAGUCAAUUUUGCUUAUUCCAUCUCCAUACACUUGCUGAGAACUGUAUCAAAGUUCCCAGCCAACAGCUACCACUUUUUGUGUUUGGUGAAGCUGGUGCUUUAAGGAGUGCUUUUGCACUAACCUUGGCGGUAAAUGGCAGGGAUCGUGAUCCCAAGUGAGAUCUCUCACCCAGGCCUCUACAAUGCUGAUAAGUACUAAUGAGGACGUUGGAAUCAGCUAGCCUGCAUGUCCAUGGCUACCACUGCCUGCAUUUGUACUGCUGUGUGCAUGUGUAAGGUACUGGCCAUGCUGUGGAGUUGUUAGUGUGUGCUUCAGUGCUGAAAUUGGUACCAAUUAUAUGGGUCAGAGUGGUCCUAUUAGUCACAUGGCUCUGUUUGCUGAAGUUGCUGCUGCAAAGCUGCUUUGAUGCUUGAACCAUAUAUAACAAUACUAGGAUUCCAGCUAACCAGAAUGCAAAUUUUCCAUGAUGUAAUCAAGUUUACCAAGCUUUGUAUUGCCCUCAAAAAGCUUAAACCCAGCCUGAUGUUAAUUUACUUGAAGUAUAGGGAUGUAAGCACUAGACCAUAUAAACAUCAAGUCUCUUUAUUUGUCAUGAAAAUUUUCAGGUUUGGUUAUUUUGGCAUUUAUGAAGACAUUGGCUUUUGGUAAAGGUAAAAUGCACAAUAUUGUAAUCUUUAAGGGGAAAUUCUGAGUGCCUUUGAACGACACUGACAGUAAUAAUGAGAAAGUAUGGAACAGGGUAGUGGGGGGGGGGGGGGGGAAGGGAGUUGGGGGCAAGGACAAUUUUUUUAAAACAGAUCAACAGAUUUUGCGAACUUUCCCCUCACCCAUGACCUAAUAAAUGAAAGCCCCUUAAUACCAACAAACAGUGGAUCUUCGCUCAAUUAGCCUGUGAACGGCGGAUGUUUCUCCUCACUCAUCGCCGCUGAGGGACGUUUUGUGAAGAGGAACGUCUGCAACUCAGUGACAGAAAUUCCAUACUGAUGACGUAAAUCAAUGUUUACAUAAUAAAUCCGGUAGUCAUGGGAUUCCAAAUGCAAAUUUGUUCAAUUUUACAUUUCUCCUUGUCGAUUUUGGAAAAGUGUUGUGUUCAUCUGCGAAUGAGCUCCAGCAAAACUCAAAAGCUUCUUUUAGAGAAGACUAUAUUCCACACAUAUUGACUGUUUUGUUAGAGAUUCAUCGUGUUUACAUUUGACCUUUGCUGCUUUUUGUCUUUUGUCUGUCAUUCGUAAACAAUAGCUAAAACAAUGAAACUACUCCGUCGACCAAUUAGCGCUUCUGACUGGAUUCCAGACAGUUUUUGCAUCAUCAGUAUGGAAUUUCUGUCGCUGAGUCACAGACAUUCCUCCUAGCAAAACGUCCCUCAGUGGCGAUGAGCGAGGAGAAAUGCAAACCCAAAUUAAAAUUGACAGACUUUUGUGAAGCUCCUCUCUAUAUGCUGCACCCUCAUUAUAAGCUUUUUGUUAGAGUGGCCAUCUUGACUGUCAAGGGCCUUCAUUUUGCUUUAGAAAAAGGGUGGUUGACUAAGGAAUCCUGAGCUCAAGAUAGAACAGAGUUCCAACCUGUAUACAACCUAUAUUUAAUCAAUGAAAUAAAAAAUAACAUUUUGAAUAUUGUUUGGAUUGGUAUUUUCUACCCACAUUUACUUCACUGUGGUUUCAAAAAAGGAACUCAGUUUUCUGUUACUGGGCAACAAACUCAAACAGGACCACCACAACUUAAACGUUUAAGGAUUUAAAAUGAUCUGAUUUUUAUUGGCUAAUCAAUUUUCAAAUUAAAGGCAGGCUCUUUUGCAGUAUACCUGGCCUGACCUGUAGUUGGCGGUUAUAGUGUUGGAAGGGCCUUGUUGAGUUCUUUGCACUAUUACUGCCCUGUUCAAGAUAUUUAAAAUUGUUGUUGUGAUACAGUAAAACGUUUGUGCUUGUAAAAUGAUAUCCCAUUCUUUGAGAUGUCUCAAAUUUCCUUGGAUGCCACAGUAGCAAUAUGGGAUUUCAAAAAUAAUCAAAGGCCCAUUGGAGAAUACAGACCCAUUCAUAGGAGGGGGGCGUAAGGCGGGUACGAACACCGCAAAACCACACAGAAAUACAUAAAAACACCACACAGAAUAACAUAUAAGAAAACGGCAAACUGAGCUUGGUUUUGUAAAACCGCAAUACCGCAACUUAAAGUAAAAAUUUCGGCAAAACCGCACCAAAAAUCUAGAAAAAUGCAUCAGUGCAAACCCUUACGCCCCCCCCCUCAUAGGUGUACCAGUAUCCUACUCCUAAGAACAAAGCACCAAUUAAAGUUCUUAAAAACUAAUUUUAAUGAACAGUAAUUGACAGUGGUACAUUUAUGUUUAUAUUUCUUAUAGAUUGGGAGUGUAUUUCGAACAAAACUUUGGAUGCCCCUGUGUCACCUACGGAAAGCACAUUUUACAUCCGUCAGCCUCCUUUUGGCUUUCCUUUGAAGUCUUGUGGAUGGUUCAUCACGGCUCCUGAGAAUCAUAUUGUUAAGGUACAAUUUUCAAAAUCCUUGUUGCUGCUUGAAUACAGCCGUGUUUACGUUUAUGAUGUGGAUGGCUCAGAUCUCCACUUUGCGGACCGCCCAUCUUACUCGACGGUUUUCUCAAAGUAUCGACAUCUGUACAUUGUUUUUAAAUAUGACAAUUUAGAUGUCAUCAAGAAGCAGAUAGUUGUUGGUUACACAGCCUUUAAACCAGGUAUAAAACCAGUUUUAUCUUUUUGUCAUAGACUUAGUUAUACUCUUUUUACAGGCUGGCAAUAUGUCUACUGAAGGUGUGCCACUAGGAUAGGCUCUGCCAGGCUCUCACAUAGUAAGGGACAAUAUAAAAACAAUGCAAAGUAAAAAUAACAUCUGUGCCUGUAGACAGAGACAGCACCCUACAGGGGCGGAUCCAGGAUUUUUUUUAGAAGGGGGUGCACUCGUCUCUUGCUCUACUUCAACACCAAUAAACCACAUAGUAUUUUUUUUUGGGAGAAUACUAGUUGUAUUAGAAAACCGCAGGAAAUCUCUGGAGGGGGGGGGGGUGUGCACCCCCUGCACCCUCCCCCUAGAUCCGCCCCUGCCCUAGGUGCAAUAGGCCAUCUGCACUAAGAGGUCAUGUGAUAUCGUUUUUUUGAAAAUGAAAGAUAUAUGAUUUUGCCUUCUUAAAACCAUUAGUGGGUCAUAUCUAAAAUAAAAUAAUAGUUAUGUGGUUUUUUAAACCCGCACCAUUUUCUUAAAAUGAGUGGUAAGUUCGUAGCUGGUCACGUGACCAAAAUGUGAUUUUUGAAGUUAUGAAUUAUCUCUUUCUGAACUCCAAUUUUGCAGUUAAACUUCAACGAAAAUGUUGAAAAUAUGAUGUGGAAACGUUUACAGCACAUCUGAGCGUAACUAUCAAACGUUUAACAAGAUAUAAGCUAAAAGUAGUUUUGGCCGAUAAGUUGGAGGGCAAGAGUAUGCCCUCCAACAUGGCGGCCAAUACAAAUCUUACUACUUUGUUGAAAAAUAAAAGUGCCAUGAAAUAUCUCCCUUAAAUGCGCUUCCUCUCAAAUUUCGGGUGUAAGUCAGAUAAUUUUUAUGUGCUCUGUCAAUUUUUGGCAUGAGCGAGAUUCCAACUCAUCGUUUAAAGGAAGCGUUAGUCACGUAACCUCUUAGUGCAACAAGUGGCCUAUUUCAAUGCUUGAGUUCGUAUCGAAACGACUGUGUAUCGAAAUGACCAGUUAGAGGAUUGUAGGAACAAGCCAAAGGCAAGAGGGAGCACCUGCCUCAUCUAGAUUUUAACCCACAGUUAAAAAUUUUUGCUGGUAAAGUAGACACCAGUUGACUUACAUUGAUUUUUGCUGAAGAAUACCUCGACAGAAGCACGUUUUAGAGCUUCUAGAUUGAAAACUUUUCUGUGGGGCGUGCUCUCGUCCCUCGACCAUACCAAAAGUCUGGCUACAGCCUUGAGCUAGCCUGUUCCAGGCUCUCAGAUAGUGGGGAAGGCGCGAAAGUGAUUGGCUUGCGAAAAGUUGGCGGGGCGUUAUUUUCGCGUUCGCGCUGUCUCAAUUUAGCGGACCCGAGUAUCUAGGAGCCUGGACCAGGCUAGCUUUAAGCAGACCGAUUGGUUGGUAUAAAAACAGACAACUUAUAUACUACCAUGUAGAGCAAUUUUAUCUUCGCGUUUUGAAGAAUCAGACUACAACUGGCGCAGACACACGAGUCAAGCCCAGUCGGUAUACACGUGCACGCGGAAAAAGAGUCGAUUGAUCAAUAUGAUGAAAGUAUCAUAUUGUAUAGCCCAUCACAAAGCGUUUAAGCGCUAAAUAUUAUUUGGGGUUAUUUGGGGCGCUCAUGCCAAGGAGGGUAUUGGAGGGGACGGUUUCUUCCCAAAAACCCGCAACGAGUACCCCCAGGGGAAAUCUACAUGGGGGUAAUAAUUUUCUGCGGCGUGAUUAUUUCUUACUGACGUUUCUCCGUUGCAACGUUGCAAGUGACAGUAUUAUUGAUAGUACUUCUCGUCUUUAAACAGGGAGGGUGUGCUCAACCCAGAAUUCCUAUGAUCAAAACAAAAACAUCUUGCUCAGAAAUCUGUCUGGUGUGAUAAAGACUCCGGGCUUUCCGUUGGGGUACUCCGACAACUCAGUCCGCGAUUGCUAUUGGAGGUUAAUAGCCCCGAAGGGAAAAGUGGUGCGCUUGACGUUCGAAACCUUUCAACUCCAUCCUGGCGACGAGGUUGAAAUUAAUAAUGGCAGGUAUGACUGGUAUCCAUGGGUACUCAACAAAAGGAACACAGAACCUUCAUUUACAGUAUUCUCAACAGAACGCGAGCUUGGUAUUCGUUUUGACAUAUACGGGAAUUAUCAUCACGGUAGUGCUACGGGAUUCGCUGCGAAUUACUCCAUGAUACCUGGGGGUAAGAAAAGUUUUUAAACUUGGGUCAUUAGACGUUUCUGGGAAACUGUCCACCUACCCCUCCCCUAAGCCGUCAUGAAACUGUCCACCUACCCCUCCCCUAAGCCGUCAUGAAACUGUCCACCUACCCCUACCCUGAGUCGUCUUUAACCCUUACUUCUCACUUAAGGCAAAAUGUUGGCUUAGGGGAGGGGUAGGUGGGCAGUUUCCCAGAAACGUAAAAUGAUCCCCAAAGGGCUUGCUCUGCGAAAAUGUUUGGGACAUUUUGUUAAGUUUCAACCUCUAUGUCUGCAAAAAUCACCAACAAAUUAUUAUGGUUCGUGCUUCCUGAUAAAAAUUUGUUCGAUGUCGUCGUCUUAACUAACUGUACAGAAGCAUUUUCGUUAUGGGAAAAAGAAAUUUAAUAAAGACUUAAGCAAUGAUGUGACCUUAAAUAGCAAUGUACUCGUGACAUACCCCUUUUAUCAUAACCAGUCUGUUCUUCUUAGUUUCCUCAGGAGCUUGCUAAACCAAAGAGAACCGUACUAUGUACUGAGGUACACGGAGAGUGGAGGAGCUCUUAACACUGGGCUAUCCACAAAUCCCUGGGGAUGGUGACAUAACCCUGUUAAAAUAACUACUCUGUUUUUCUUAGUUUCCUCAGGAGCUUGCAUACCCAAAGAGAACAGUACUAUGUACAUACGUGGAGAGGGGAUGAGCUUUUCUACACGCGACUAUCCACAAAACCCUGGGGUUGGAACCUGCAGUUGGAAUAUCAGUGCUCCGCUUGGGUACUUCAUAAAGCUCUCUUUUUGGAGAUUCUUGGGGUUGUGCAACCAGAGCUAUGCGGAAGUGUUUGAUGUUUCGAGCUCCACUACUGUGUUUUUAGGAAAGUAUUGUGAUUAUUAUUUAAACAAAACUAUGAUUUACUCAAAAGGAAAUAACGUAAUCGUUAAGUUUUCGCAACUUUCAACUUCACCUGA